AUGGCUUUUUCUUUUGACAAGCCGGCGGAGAGAAGAAUGAAGAGCCACGGACGGUCGCCGGAGAUUCCUUUUGAUCUCGUGAUAGAGAUUCUCACGAGACUGCCGGCUAAAUCGCUUGUGAAGUUCAAAUCCGUCUCAAAGCUCUGGUCAUCCUUGAUUUGUUCCCGAAGUUUCACCAACAGUUUCCUAAGGGUUACAUCAUCCUCACCUCGUCUAUACAUGUGUUUGGACUUCUUUGAAAACAGCCACCUCAAAAAUAUAUUACUAUCAUCGUCUCCUAGUUCUGACUCGGACGGUACUACUUCCUUCCACGCCGACCAAGAUUUGACCAUCCCAGCUAGAGGCUACUCCUACGCCUCUAACGUUUUUCGCGGCUUGCUAUGCUUUAUAAAUGGGCCAAGUGCGCGAAUAUAUAACACUACCACUAGGGAACUUGUAGUCUUACCCGACAUAGAAGAAUCCAGCAUCAUACAUGAAGAUCACAAGAUUAAGAGGAUCAUGUGCCACGUGGGACACGUUCCUGUUGAUAAUCAAUAUAAAGUAGUUUGUAUAGCUGCAAGACAAAGUGACGAAGUUGGAGGGCACAGGGUUCUGUCAGAGCAUUGGGUCUUCGUACUAGGAGGAGAUGGAUCAUCUCGAUGGAAAAAGAUAACAUGCGGAUGUCCACCACAUCUUCCUUUACCACAGGUCUUGAAUAUCAAUGGGCUUAUGCAUUACCUCGCUUUGCUUCGUAUGGAUUUUUUUCUUGUGAUUUUCGAUAUUAAUUCUGAAGAAAUUAAUGUGCUCCAAUUACCUGAAGAUAUUUUUCGGCCUGAUACUGGUCUUAUAGAAUACGGUGUAAGUGUAGCUCUUUUACAUUAUCCCAAUCUUCAAACCGAAGGUGUGAUAGAACUAUGGGUUAUGGAAGAUGAAGAGAAGAAUAUGUGGGGGAGUAAGACUUUGGUGUUGCAUCCUUCUCAAAUGCACAUGGUCAAUAGCAUUGAUCUGAGGGUCCAAGGUACUACACGAAAAGGCGAGGUUAUCUUGGCAUCCCAAGAAAUAAUUCUUUUCGACAUACAGAAGAAUCAUUUGAGAACAAUCGAAAUCAAAGGAACACCAAACCGCCAUCUUACCCAAUUUUGUGAUAUCGUUGGGUGGGAUGAUGUUGAGAAAUUCAUCUAUCUUUAA